AUGGAAGGGUUCAAAGAUGUACAACCGCUUGGCAAAACGGCUAUGCUUGACUCAACCAACUACGGGCAUUGGAAAGUGAAAAUCAGUUCCUAUAUUCGUGGACUGGAUGAAGAUACUUGGAGUGUUGUUACUGAUGGAUGGACUCGACCAACUGACGUCAUUGACGGGGUUAUAACAACAAAGCCAAAAAGUCAGUGGACAACCCAAGAAAAGAAGGAUUCUGCUAUGAAUCAGAAGGCUUUAUCAAUUAUCUUCAGUAGUGUCAGUCAUGAUGAAUUCGAACAGAUACAAGGAUGUGAAACUGCAAAGGAUGAAUGGGAUAUUCUAGAACUCAUUCAUGAAGGAACUUCCAAAGUAAAGAGGAAUAUACUAGAUAUGAUCGAUCUACAGUUUGAACGCCUGAGGAUGGGAGAUGAUGAGAGCGUUAAAGAAUUUUGUGGGAAACUGAGUGCCUUGUCGAAUGAAGCAAGUGUAUUUGGGAAGAAGAUCACUAAUGACAAGCUGGUGAAGAAACUCUUGAACAGCUUACCAGCUAAGUAUCAUUCACAGAUUCUUGUCUUUGAAGGGGUAAAUAACUUGGAUACUGUCACAUUCAAGGAAGCUGUAGGUACCUUCGGUGCUCAUGGAUUGAGAUUACAACUAAUGAAUGGAGGAUCAUCUGUUCAUACAAAAAGGAGAGUGGCAUUACAUGUUCCAGAAAUGAAAAUGGCUGAUUCAGAAAUCAAAAAACCUGUGAAGAACAAGAAGCUAAUUGAAGAAGAGCUACAUGAUGAAAUGUCGCUUGUUGUCAGGAAUUUCAACAAAUUCUUCAAAGGAAGGAAGAAGUUUGGACAACAAAGCGAUCAAGAUGCUGGAAAAUGUCUGGAGUGUAAAGGUUUUGGUCACACAAAAGUGGAAUGUCUCAAGGGCAAAGGAAAGUCUCUAAUUACUCAUGAGGAGGACAUCUCGGGUACUGAGAGCGAUAGUGAUGACGAGGACUUAUCAAACUUUGUGGCGUUUCUAAGAGUGAUAGAAGAAGAAGUUGAUCAAGAACCAGACAGUGAUGAUGAGGUGAUUACUGAGGAGGAUCUUUUCAAAGAUAUGACUAAGCUGGUGCAAAUGAAUAAGCAACUCAUAAGUGAAAAACAACAGUUGGAGAAAGGACUCAGUCAAGUUCAAGUACAACUGAUGGACACCAAACAGAAGCUGGCUCAGAAAGAAGAGGAGGCGUCUAUUCUGAAAUGUCAGUUAGAAGAAACCAAGAAAAAUCUUCAUCUUCUUGGUAAUGGAACUGGGAAGCUGGAUCAUUUGCUUGGCAUAGGUCGUAACUCUGGUGAUCUCUCCGGACUUGGUUAUCGAGAGGUUCUCUACCACGACAAUUCUCAAAGAAAAACAUACGAAGAGAAGAUCGAACGUGCUAUCACUGUGGCAAGGAGGGACACAUCCGACGAAACUGUUUCUAUCUGCAAAGAAACAGAAAUAUUCACAGGAAGUCAAGAUCUACUGAAAGACUUUGUGGAAACUAAAAAAGAAGGGAGUGUUAUCUUUGGAGACGUAAACAAGGUAGUACAGGGUCUGAAAGCUAAUCUUAUCAGCAUUAGUCAACUCUGUGACAUUGGAAUGCGAGUUAAGUUCACAAAGAAUGCAUGUUUUGUAACUGAUACAAACACCAAGUGUGUCUUAACAGGAAAGAGAAAUUCGAACAACUGCUACACUUGGGUCAGCACUCAGAGAACUGUGACUCAGCAGACGUGUCUCAUAGUGAAGAGAGAUGAUAUGGAUUUGUAG